GUUUGACAGUUCUGUCAAUUCGUUAAGUUCAAUUUGUGAAUACAUAAAAAAUUGUAAUUACUAUUUUUAUAUAAAUACUAACGUUAAAUUUAAUGCAGUUAUGGCAUUUUCGUUCGGAAAUGCAAACCAGUCGACUUUUGGAAGCCCGGCAAAUAAACCCACCGCAUUCGGUACCCCAUUUGGGGUAACCACCACCACGGCUAGUACCGGCUUCGGCAGUUUCGGCUCUUCCUUCGGAGCCACUUCGCAGCCGUCGACCGGUUUCGGCUCAACUUUCGGAGCCCCAGCUCAAUCUUCAGGUUUCGGUAGUACUUUCGGUACUCCUGCAACUUCCACUCCAGCAUUUGGUUCGACUUUCGGAGCCCCAGCAUCAACCUCAGCCCCGACAUUCGGUACCGGCUUCGGUCAAUCGACCGGCGGCGGCCUUUUCGGUACUUCCACAACCAAACCAACCCUUUUCGGAACUCCCACCACUUCAACCUCGUUAUUUUCGACCCCUAGUUCGGCCCCCAGUUUAUUCGGGAGCGGUACCACCACACAAGCCCCAAGUCUUUUCGGGGGGGUCACCACCUCGACUCCUAGUUUAUUCGGAGCUGGCAGUACCCCAGCUCCGAGUUUGUUCGGUACUGCGACAACUUCGGCCCCGAGUUUAUUCGGGACUUCGUUCGGGGGCACGGCCACCACUUCGGGGGGGCUGUUUGGGGGGAGUACAACAGGGGGAGGGUUUGGUUUAUUCGGGGGUACUACUACGACGAGUGCGCCGUCGUUGUUUGGGGGGUUUGGGGCUACGCAAACAACAGGGGGGUUUGGGGGUUUUGGGACUAGUGGAGGGUUCGGUCAACAGACACAAGGGAGUUUGUUUGGGGGCGGGUUUGGGGCCAAGCCGGCACAACCUCCAGGGUUUGCGCAAAAUGCGCUCACAACACAGCAACAACAAAACCAACUUGUGAUCCAAUCGAUUUACGCUAUUAAUAUUUAUAAUGAUGAGAGGGAUGAUAUUUUGAAAAAGUGGAAUUUGUUGCAAGCUUGUUGGGGUACGGGGAAAGGGUACUACAGUGCGAAUCAACCGCCGGUUGAAUACACAGUUCAUAACCCGUUUUAUCGGUUCAAAGCAGUCGGUUAUAACAUAAUUCCCGAACAUGAUAACACGGAAGGUAUAGUCAAGUUGAUUUUUAACCGGAAAUAUGCCGAGCUUAGUUCACAAAAGCAAGUUCUAAUCAAUGGACUUAGUGGCAUUUUGGGUAACAAACCCAACCUCAAGGUCACCAUCCAGCACAUCAAAGCCCUCUCUGAUACACAAUCCGAGUUACGAAUCGUGGUUAUGGAAAAGGGAGUGACCGGAAAUAGUCGAAAAAUCCCAGCCACUGACUUGGCCAACUAUUUGAAUCAACCGACACAAAAACAACAAUUGACAAACGUUGGUGUUACGGCCAUCAUUGCCUACGUCACACCCUCCAAAGCCGCCUUGGAAGAGUACCUUAAAACGGUGCCUCAGGGUUUCGACCCUCAAAUGUGGAGGGCGGCAAUUAUGGAUAACCCCAACCCUAGCAAAUACAUGCCGGUGCCGAUUUACGGCUUCAGCGACCUUAAGGCCCGCAAAUUGAAGCAGGAGCACGAAACUGGGUUACAUAAGGCCUUCGAGGAAAAAAUCACAAACGAAUUGGCCGAACUGAAGAAAAAACAUGCGGCGUCGCUGGCGCGAAUUAACGAACUCAAGCACAGAUUCCUGCAUUUGCAGCAUCGAACUUUGAGAAUUUUAGUGAGACAGGAAAGUAUUCGUAAAACUGGCCUAGCCCUUCAGCCUGAGGAGGAGUAUUUGAAAGGGAAACUCGAAACGAUGUAUGCACAUCUCAAUGUUCCGACACAGUUUAAAGGUCAGUUAAACGAGUUGAUUUCGACUGUUAAACUCAUGGAAAAUACAAGUCGGCCUCCACAGCCGCGGUACAAAUUGGUGGAAGAGUCUCAAGCCGAAUUGAAGGAUUUUCUCCAGUUGCAACAAAAUGGUAUUUCGAAGUUGGUUGAUAUUGUUAAGGAUGAUAUGCGUUCUUUGAACAUUAUGAUCGAUGGGAUGCGCCAGCUCAUGCAAAAUAAAACUGUAGUUUCGUGAUUAAUAAACUGAUUUACUUUUGGUUA